UCAGUCUCAGGUUUUAAAUCUUUUAAUCGAUUACGAUACACAGUGGUUAAGACAAUCAACAUGAAGCUUGUGGUUCUUUUAUUUUUAGCUGCAUUUUGCUAUCAGACAGUACUAGCACAAGACGAGGAAGCUCCUCAAGUUGAGGGUGACAUCGAAGAAUCAGACGCUGACUUGGAAGCUGAGCUUGGUGACAUUGCAAUCUCUGAGACGAUCGUACAGUUGCCAACUUUACCGCAAGAUAUUGACAGAGAGCAGACAUGGGAAUGCAUACCUAGAAUGAUCUACAGGAAUUCAUGUCAAGUCUGUAUAUGCAGUAGAAAUAGACAGCUUAAAUGUAAAAGACUUAAUUGUGCACCUGCUUUUUAA